AUGAAUAGAAUCGGCUAUCCAAACACCUUUGCACCAGCUUGGGAAGCAGAAGAGGAAAUUCGGGUAAUUAUCUGGAACUCUCUGUGCUCACACUCCUGCACAACGAAGAUGGAAAAUCUCGAAAUGAAAAAGGAAGCCGCUAAGGUUACGCUGAACGGUGCGAAGUCUGCAAACUACGGCUCUUGGGGUCCUCUGUUCAAAAAUAGCCAGCAUUUUACCAGCCUCCAUUAUUCAUAGUGAUAUCUCUACACGAUGUUUAAUUUAUACAACACUUUUAUAAUGUAAAUUGGUUUUAAAUAAAAUUUAAAUUAAUCAUAUGUAACGUGAAAUUUGUGAAAAAAUUAAAGGAAAAGAGAAAGAAAAGAAAAUAAUAGAGAAGUUGUAUUGAUUUUAAUGAUCUUGUACCUGUGUUCAAUACGGAUAAGUCUUAUUAAUUGUUAUAACUAACUCGAAGGAUAUAUGCUAAAUAAA